AUGAACAACGUUCCCUCACCCCUGCGGAGAGCUCUGGUCAGCUACGGGCAGCAUGCUCGUUUCUUCUCCUGCUCGUUCCGGUGCUCCCAGCAGCAGAGUAAUGACAGCAAGCUCAAGACGGUCCCGUACUCCUCUCUCACCGUUGGCGUGCCUCUCGAGUCAUUCCCGUCUGAACGCCGUGUCUCCCUCACCCCAGCUAAUGUGGCACUCCUGCUGAAGAAGGGGUUCGGAAGGGUGCUGGUCGAGCGUGGAGCUGGUGCAGAGUCCCAGUUCACGGAUAAAGCGUAUACAGAUGCCGGAGCAAGCUUGGUGGGCCCCCACGAUGCCUGGGCAAGUGAUCUCGUGCUCAAGGUGCGGGCUCCCAGCCUCAAUCGCGGCGAGGUAGGCUUGCUCAAGGAUGGUGCUACGGCUAUAUCGUUCUUAUAUCCAGCACUCAACAGAGACCUGGUUGAAGCCCUGGCCAAGAGAGGUGUCACUUCCUUUGCCAUGGACAUGAUUCCUAGGAUCUCCCGUGCCCAGGUCUUUGAUGCUCUCAGUUCAAUGGCAAAUAUUGCGGGAUACAAGGCAAUACUGGAAGCCUCUAACCAUUUCGGAAGGUUUCUGCCCGGUCAGAUUCCACCUGGCAAGGUACUCGUUAUCGGUGCUGGUGUUGCUGGCCUCAGUGCAAUCUCAGCAGCACGUCGCAUGGGUGCCAUUGUACGCGGAUUUGAUACCCGCCCCGCCGUUCGUGAACAGGUUCAAUCUCUUGGAGCAGAAUUCAUUGAGGUAGACAUCGAAGAAGACGGCUCCGGCGCCGGCGGUUACGCAAAGGAAAUGUCCAAAGAAUUUAUCGAAGCUGAAAUGAAGCUCUUCCUCCAGCAGAGUCGUGAGGUGGACAUCAUAGUUACCACAGCUCUGAUUCCCGGAAAACCUGCUCCAAAACUCAUCACCGAAGAAAUGAUCAUGGCUAUGAAACCUGGCUCUGUCGUCGUAGACCUCGCGGCAGAGGCUGGAGGGAACUGUGUCAUGACUGAACCUGGAGAGCUUGUCGUGAGCUCUAAUGGCGUUACUAUCAUAGGAUACACUGACCUUCCGUCUCGUCUACCUACGCAGUCAUCCACAUUGUACUCGAACAACAUCACCAAGUUCCUGCUCUCAAUGGCCCCUGUAGAGAAACAGUAUGGCGUUGACCUUGAAGAUGAGGUCGUCCGCGGCUCCAUUGUCACCCACGCUGGUUCCAUCUUGCCCCCUGCCCCCAGACCUGCUCCACCUCCGCCGCCAGCAACUCCCAAGAAAGAUGACGCUGCUGUUUCUGCCGACACUGCCAAGCUGGAACUCACUCCGUUCCAAAAGGUCUCUAGAGAGGUAGCUACCGUUACCGGUGGAAUGGGCACAGCUCUCGCCUUGGGUAAAUUUACUGGUCCCUUGUUCAUGAGUAACGUCUUUACAGCAGGUUUGGCUGGCUUAAUUGGAUAUCGAGUUGUAUGGGGCGUCACCCCUGCCUUGCAUUCUCCUUUGAUGAGUGUAACCAAUGCUAUUUCAGGAAUGGUGGGAAUUGGUGGCCUAUUCGUCAUGGGCGGAGGUUAUUUCCCUGAAACUAUACCCCAGGCUCUAGGUGCAUUGUCCGUCCUUCUCGCCUUCGUCAACGUAUCAGGUGGCUUCGUCAUAACCAAACGCAUGCUGGACAUGUUCAAGAGGCCUACUGAUCCACCGGAAUAUCCAUGGCUCUACGCUAUUCCUGGCGUACUGUUUGGAGGAGGGUACCUUGCCGCCGUGAGCACUGGCAUGGCAGGCCUAAUUCAAGCAGGUUAUCUCGUCAGCAGUAUUCUUUGCAUCAGUUCUAUUUCUGGCCUUGCAUCUCAGGCUACUGCUCGUACUGGAAAUUAUCUCGGUAUCCUAGGUGUUGCUUCUGGUAUCCUUGCCUCUUUGGUUGCAGUAGGCUUCUCUCCCGAAGUUCUCGCUCAAUUUGUCGGGCUGGCUGGCAUAGGAGGGUUGGUUGGUGCCGUGAUUGGUCGUCGUAUUACUCCCACCGAGUUGCCACAGAUGGUAGCUGCGCUGCAUUCCGUUGUUGGACUGGCUGCUGUCCUCACCAGCAUCGGAAGCGUGCUUGGUGAUAUCGACCAUGUUUCAACUUUGCAUCUUGUUACAGCAUACUCUGGCGUAGUUAUAGGAGGAAUUACCUUCACCGGCUCCAUCGUGGCAUUCCUUAAGUUAUCAGGGAAAAUGGCUUCUAAGCCACUUGCAUUCAAGGGCCGACAUCUUGUAAACUCCACUUUACUAGGAACCAACAUGGCACUCAUGGGAGGAUUCAUAACUAUGGCUCCGGGCGCUCCCUUGGUAGCUGCAGCAGCUUUAUCAGCCAGUACUAUCCUCAGUUUCAUAAAGGGGUUCACGACCACCGCCGCUAUAGGAGGUGCUGAUAUGCCUGUUGUGAUAACGGUUUUGAACGCUUACUCUGGCUUUGCGCUUGUUGCCGAAGGGUUCAUGCUGAACAAUCCGCUUCUCACGACCGUGGGAUCAUUGAUAGGCAUAAGUGGUUCUAUCCUAUCAUAUAUUAUGUGUGUUGCGAUGAACCGUUCCCUAACUAAUGUACUCUUCGGUGGAAUAUCAUCCCCAACCCAAGCGCAAUCUGAUCACCAGAUUGAAGGAAAGAUUACAAAGACUUCCAUUGAAGAAACAGCAGAUACCCUUGCGAAUGCGGAGAGCGUCAUUAUAGUUGUUGGAUAUGGCAUGGCGGUUGCAAAGGCUCAAUAUGCAAUUUCAGAAAUCACCCGCAUGCUUCGUGCGAAAGGGCGUAAAAGUCCGAUUUGCCAUCCAUCCUGUCGCCGGCCGCAUGCCCGGACAAUGCAAUGUCCUGCUUUGCCGAGGCUGCUGUUCCAUACGAUAGGGGAAUUAGUUGUUCUUGAAAUGGACGAGAUCAACGACGACUUCAGUGACACGGAUGUGACUCUCGUCAUUGGCGCGAAUGACACGGUUAACCCUAUUGCCUUGGAACCCAACUCUUCCAUUGCAGGAAUGCCUGUUCUGCAUGCUUGGAAGAGUAAGGAAGUCAUUGUUAUGAAGCGUGGAAUGUCAAGUGGAUACGCUGAUGUGCCUAACCCCAUGUUCUACAUGCCUGGUACCAAAAUGUUGUUUGGAGACGCAAAGACUUCCUGUGAUGCUAUCCAACAUGCCCUUGAAGCACAUAAAUAG